UUCCUUCAACACAAUUACCAUUUUGGAAAUGGGAAAAUUAAUUGCAAAAAGUGCAAUUUAUUGUGUUUUUAUUCAUUUCCUACUAGUAGGGAAAGUUGUAAGUCGUCAUUUGCAAUAUAAUGCUGUGGAGUUGGUGUCGGAUGGUUUCAGUGAUGAAUCGAUUCUACGUCUGAAAGGAUCCGAUUCUUCUGAAGAGGAGUGUAAGCUGAUGUACGGGUUUUUGCCAUGUUCAACGAAUAUCCCGAGUCAUAUCUUCCUCAUUGUGAUUUAUGAGUACCUGUUAUAUCAUGGUGAAUCCUAUGCUGGUGGUGAUGGGAGAAUAUUUCGUGUCCUUGGCAAAAACUUUUAUGUUUCAAUUUUUUCUCAGCUUCUUGACUCCCUUCCAGAUUCUUUGAUUCUUCUUGCAACUGGACUGUCUUGUGAUCAAGAAAAAGCGCAAGAAUACGUUCUAACAGGCGCGGGGUUGCUAGCCGGAUCAUCAGUAUUACUUCUCACACUUCUCUGGGGUACAUGCUUCGUCUGCAGCAGAAGAAAAUUCACGGGUUCGCAUUCUUCAUCAUCUCUCCUUGCAGGUUGGGGUGUUCAUACAGAUCCAGAAACCAGCUUUCAUGCCACAGUUAUGUUCUAUUCUCUUAUACCAUUUGUAAUCAUCCUAUUUCCGAGUGUGUUUGGAAUAUCAUAUUCUACUCAAGAACACAAGAUCGUCCUACUUGUGUCACUUUCGGCUGCCGUGAUUUGUUUGAUCUCAUACUUCUGCUAUCAGUGUUUUGAAAAAAAGAUAUGGAUAAGGAGACUGGAGUAUGCAGAAGUCGAACAAAAAGUCGAAAUGCAUGUACCGUUUUAUGAGGUGCAGGCACUUAUGAUGGACAGGGAAAAACAUUUGAUAAAAAGACAAAAAGAUAUGGAGCAAAUGCUGAAAACUACAGAGAAUGACAAAGAGAGUACAAUGAGCAAGAAAGAAUUCCAUAAAAUGUUUGAAGAAUGGCUUGAUGACACCAAAAAAUUAAUGGAUGAUCCAUAUUCGAUGGAUAAAAAGGAGACCGAAUACAAUCAAGUUGUGGAACUGUUACUAGAGGAUAAGAACAAAUGGAUAGAGCUAAUGUCGUUUAUGAUGGAAGAUGCUUCGGGAGAGAAGUUUCUUACAGAAGAUGGGACCCCGAAUGAAUCUGCCAUAUACGGAUUUUUCGAUAAAAUCGAUAUUGACAAAAAUGGACAUAUUACACCAGCUGAACUAGAAGCCUACUAUCAGAAGAUACUGUUAGAUGAUGAAAUAGCGGAGAUCAUAAUGAGACAUCUAGACAUAGAUGGGAAUGGAGAUAUAGAUAAAGAAGAAUUCAAAUCUGGAGUUAAAAAAUGGCUCGCUUCACGUAACUUACAACAACGGUCGCAGGACAGCAACCUAGAACCCGAUAAGUACCAUCGGACUGAGGCAAAGGCAAAGACAAAGGAAAUGCUUAAGGCAAUAAUACUACUGAUAGUAGGAAUCUUAAUGAUAACAUUCUUGGCUGAGCCUCUGGUGGAAAGUGUUAGACAAUUUUCAGAAUCUGUAAAGAUAGAGCCCUUUUAUGUGUCAUUCAUCUUAGUCCCGUUGGCCACCAAUGCUAGAACAGCAAUUGCAGCCAUUAGAGCUGCUAGUCAGAAGAGACAUCACACAACAUCGUUUACUUUCUCUGAGAUAUACCACAAGGUUUUCCUGAACAAUAUUCUGGGAUUUUGUGUUCUUGUCUCAGUCAUAUAUUUCCGUGGGUUCACAUGGCAUUUUUCAGCAGAGAUUCUAGUUGUGGUCAUCGUUUGCAUAAUAAUGGGACUUCUCGCAAGUUUAAAAUCCAAAUUUCCUGACUGGACUUUGCUCAUCGCUUUCCCACUCUAUCCGUUAUCUAUGGUAGUUGUUUAUUUUGUAAAUGAUGCUUUUCAGUUUACUUGAAACUUGAUCGAGUCUGAGAGGUGUCGGGUAUGCUGUACUUUUCACGUCAGUUUCAUGCAUUGCUCAUUUCCUUCGCAUAAAUCUGUAUUGUUUGAGAAUCUGGAAUGUAAUAAUAUGUCUUGUUAGAAAUAA